AGUUACAAUGGAUAAAGAAGAACAGACAAUUCAAAGUGAUAUUGCUUCAGAAAAGACCUAUACGAAAUCAAUAAAAUCAGAAACUGCAAGUGAAAUUACACCUCCUGACGGUGGCAAAGGUUGGCUUGUUGUUAUGGGGUCCUUUCUUGGUAUGUUCUCCAUGUAAGAAUAAUAAUAAGGUCAUGAUGAUCAUAGCCAUUUUAAACAGGCUAUUAUAGAUUUGGUUACAAUUAUAGUUGGGGUGUUUAUCUAAAUUUAUACAAGACACAAGUCUAUAUUGGCCAAAUGAGUACAUUGUCCUGGGUUGGUUCGAUCUGUGUUGCUUUAUUCUUUAUUACAGGUCCUAUCAAUCAAUUUGUUAUUGAAAAAAUGGGUUAUAAAUACAUGUUAAUGACAGGCACAGUCUUAUGUACAGCUGCAUUAAUUUUGGCUAGUUUUGCUACUCAAGUAUGGCAUGUGUUUCUCACUCAAGGUGUCAUGUUUGGUUUAGGUGCUUCGUUUGUUUCUUUGCCUUGUAUUGGAGCACCUCAACAAUGGUUUUCAUCGAAACGUGGAUUAGCCAUUGGUCUUGCUAUGUCAGGCAGUGGUAUAGGUGGUUUAGUGGUAGCCAACAUUAGUAUGGCUGUGAUCAAGAGCUUAGGUUAUCGUUGGGCACUGCGCAUUGAUGGCAUUAUUGUAUUUGUUCUAUUGUCUAUUGCUACUUUGUUUGUUCGACCUUUUGGUGAUGUUAGAAAGACGGGAGGAGGAAGAAAACUAUUGAAUUGGUAUCUUUUCAAGAAUCCAAUGUUUACUGUCAUGUUCUUUCAUGGUCUGAUCACAACAUUUGGUUAUAUGACACCCUUCUUUUUAUUACCCUCGCAUGCAAACGCUCUGAAUCUAGACCCUUGGAUUGGUACAAAUUUAUCUGCCAUCAUGUCAGCUAUCAAUGCAGUGGCCCGUGUCUGUACAGGUUACAUGGGCGAUAAGCUAGGUCGAUUCAACAGUCUAUUCCUAUGUACCUUCUUAUGUGGUGUAUGUUGUCUCACGAUCUGGAUCAAUGUUCAUAAUGAAGCUACACUUUGGGUAUUUGCUAUUCUUUAUGGCUUCUUUGGUGGUGGUUAUGUUGCUCUCUUUCCUACUGUGCAACCACAGAUUGUAGGCCUGGAACAUAUUGGUCCUGCAAUUGGUUUGCUUUAUACUACCAAUAUAUUUGGCUACUUGUUUGGUACGCCUAUUGCUUCUGCUCUGAUUAACCUAUCAUCACCACCAAGUUAUGUCAAUGGUGCUAUUUGGGCUGGUGUCACUAUUGUACUAGGAUCAUUUUUUGCUGGUUGGGUCCGUAUUCUUAAAGGUGGAUGGGUUUGGACCAAGAUUUAAUAAAAGUUAGCCCAGUUUUUUGACAUUCGAACUCAGCAACAAAGGUAUCAUGAUCCAAGGGCCCUUUGAUAUGCC